UACGGCCCGGGGCGGGGCCUGCGUGCGGGGGCGGGACCGCGGCGCUAGGGGCAGGCGGGCGCCGAUGGCGGCGGCGAGGGGCACCUGAGCGGGCCGGGGCCAUGAGCGCCACCCGGCCCCAGUUCAGCAUCGAUGACGCCUUCGAGCUGUCUCUGGAGGACGCGGGCCCGGGGCCCGAAUUCAGCGGGGUCGCCCGCUUCGGGCCGCUGCACUUCGAGCGCCGGGCCCGGUUCGAGGUGGCCGACGAGGACAAGCAGUCCCGGCUGCGCUACCAGAACCUGGAGAACGAUGAGGACGGAGCCCAGGCCUCUCCGGAGCCGGAUGGGGGAGUCAGCACCAGGGAUUCCAGCCGAACGUCCAUCCGCAGCUCCCAGUGGUCCUUCAGCACCAUCAGCAAUAGCACCCAGCGCUCCUACCAUGCCUGCUGCAGCUGGACUCAACACCCUUUGAUCCAGAAGAACCGCCGGGUAGUGCUGGCCUCCUUCCUGCUCCUGCUGCUGGGGCUGGUGCUGAUCCUGAUCGCCGUGGGACUGGAGGUGGCCCCCUCGCCAGGUGUCUCCAGCGCCAUCUUCUUCGUGCCCGGCUUCCUGUUGUUGGUUCCCGGAGUCUACCACGUGAUCUUCAUCUACUGCGCGGUCAAGGGCCACCGGGGCUUCCAGUUCUUCUACCUGCCCUACUUCGAGAAGUGAGCCGUGGGCGGGCGGCCGGAAACCAGCCUCGUCUCCGAGCGGCCCCAGGGGGCGCUCCUCGGGUCCGCCCCGCUCUGGUUCCCUCAUCUCCAGGGAAGAACUCCGGGACCCGGGAGCCCCCAACCCCCUCGGAAGUUUGCUCAGGAAGUUUGCCCAAUACCCAGGCCUGGAAAAGUCGCCCCUGGCCUGUUCUGUGCCUUAACUUAUUCUCGGGCCCUGGGGCUGCUGGGUUGGUGGUGUUUUGUGCUAAUAAAAGAAUGUACUUCUUUCCA